CAGUUUUAUGAAGCUGUUGAGGAGAAUGUUACGUGACCGGAUGAGCUGUACUUAAUCUGUUUGGUGUCAUUUCACAUAUUCUCAGAUAUUUUCGACUCAGUAAACGUGCGAUUGAUGAGCUCAGCCUUGGUCUCUGUGUGGUCCUUUCCGGGAGGGUCGAGAGAACGAACCAGUAGAGAGGGGUUACAAUGGUGCCGUGAUUCCCGUUUGUGAUCAAUUCAAUGCCGAUCUCCGGGGGGACGACGACAACAAGGCCUACAGCAGAGAACAAGGAGGACGUCGCACGUGUCAUCCGUUCAAGUGGACUGUGAUUGCCAGAUUCUCCGGUUAAAGAUUUUUUUUAAUUUUUUUUCUCUUUUCUUCUCUGACGAACUUUUAAAAGGGAAAAAUACAUUUCGUUGGACUGCAGAUAAGUAAAGUGAUUUAAACAACAGUUUUAUUUGAUUAAUCUGACUUUUGAGUUUAGCUUUAGAAUAUUUUGAAUCUUUUGCAUUUGAGAAAAUGGCUGAGGGUGGUGCAGAAAAUUCCUUUUUCGGGAUUGGACGGGGUAAAUAUCGGAUGCAGUUCUCUGACACCAAGCCAGGGUCAGGUGAAUUCGGUUAUAAGGCUCACAUUCCUUAUGGUACUAGGGGGAAUUAUGUAGCUCAUGAUGUAAACAAAACUUUCCCUAUUACUUCUACCCCAAAGCCAUGCAAUGUAGAGGGUUCUAGCGAUCGAGACGUCAGCGAUUUCGGGGCUAUAGUUAAAGAAUUGGGCAGACAAAUUGGUGACUCAGUAACGGCCAACAUUUUGUCAGGGGGUGAAUUUCCCAGAACUACUAAUGGUAAUAACACAGGCUCUCAAUGUGCUAAUCUUGAUUUGUCACAGUUGAAUGUCAUUCUGAAAUCAGAUGAAAGAGACCCCCCAGUGUUUAGAGGGGAUGGGUUAGGCAGAUGUGACAUUCAAGAAUGGAUUGAUAUGAUGCAAGUUUACCUGCAAAAGAGAAAUGUCAGGAUUACUGAACAGGCUAAUGAGAUUGUUGGUCAUCUAAUGGGCAGGGCCAAAGACAUUGUGAAAGUAGCCCUACGCAGCAACCCUGCCCUUGACUGCACGAAUCACCCUGAGAUUAUUUACAGUAUACUAAAGAAACACUUUAGUGACGUGUCUUACUCAAGCAUGCCACUCGCAGACUUUUACAGUACAUUGCCUAAACACGGUGAAAAUCCCUUUGACUACUGGCUUCGUCUUAAUAAGGCAGCAGAUAUAGCCGACGAGUGUCUCAGGGGACAGGGUAGAAGAAUGGACAACUUAAAUUCUGAAGUUGCAAUGAUGUUUGUGAGGAAUUGUCCACACCCUGAUUUAGCACGCACUUUUAAAGUAAGGCCGCUAGAAUGCUGGACCGCGAAAGACGUUCAGGAGCUUUUGGACAGUUUCCAACGUGAGCUUAAACUAAGACCGAACCCUAACACCUACCCAGUCUGCCAUAAUUCACAAACGUCCAUACAAAAUUGUGGAAAUUCUAACGUUGUUUCUGAGUCUGCAUUAGUGUGUCUGAAGCAGGGGACAAAUGGGCCUGGUGAAACUAAGCAGGAUGCGAAGGAUCAGUCUGGACUGGAUCGAAUGGCUGACAUGCUCGCUCAGUUGAUCGAAGUCUUGAAGACAAAGGAGAAGAGUAAACCUGAGUAUGAGUCUUCUGGGAGACUGCACAGAAGGAACGUUGUGGGACCGAGGAACUGUAAGAUUUGUGGCGACACAACGCACACUACAAUCGACCACUGCAGAUCUGAUCAUUUAUGUUUUAGAUGUCAUGGCUCUGGUCACUCAAAACGUGACUGCACAGCAAAAUUUCCAAAUUCAGCUUCUACACUAACAUCACCUAAUGGUCAGGGAAACUGACACGCCCACAUUCGGAGAGGGGGGGUGUGGGUGACUUUGAAAAUUCCCUCAAAGCAGAUACAGACUUCGAAGCUUUGUUUAGCUCCUUUAAGAAUAUAUGUCCUGAUUCCCAGAAAGUCGUCUUUCAAAACAUACAACGCGUUGAAUGCUCAGAUACACUCUUUUACACACCUGUUCGUAUUAAUGAUUCACUCACCGUGAGUGCAAUGUUGGAUACCGGCUCUAUGGCCUGUACAUUAAAUGAUUCAAUUGUCAGUACACUGAGAGAACACGGUGUUUUGGAUAAUGUAGAUGAAGAAGAUACCAACAUCGUUUUAGUUGGAUGCGGCGGCAAACGAGUAUUUCCAAAGUGCACGCUUGAGCUUAAGCUGGACGUUUACGGUUGUGACCUUAUUGUCCCAUGUCUCGUUGUUCCAGGCCAAGGAGAUGAUCUCAUUUUGGGGACUAACGUCAUUAAACAUCUUGUCCACAGGCUGAAAGAUUCUGACAGAUAUUGGGAACUGAUAUCUACGCCCAGUGAAACUAAUCUGGAAAGUGACGAGUUCUUGUCUAUGAUGGCUGGUGUAUGUCGAUGGAAAGGUGGAACAUUUCCCGAUGUUGUUGGUACUGUUAAACUACAACAUGCAGUUACACUUUUGCCUGGACAAGAGCAUCUUGUCUGGGGUAAACUCCCCAUUAAGUCAUGUAGCCAACCGGGCAGUACUGUUAUGGUGGAACCAUCUAGACUUCGUUCUGCCUCCAGGAAUGUUCUAGUGUGUCGUAUUGUCACUCCACUUUGGGGCGAUGGAUGGAUUCCCCUUAAACUGAUCAACCCUAGUGAUAGGCCAGUAACCGUGAGGCGAAACGCCAAAGUGGCUGACGUUUACCCCUGUAUUGCAUUAGAGGAUGUGUGCGAAACUAACCCUGAGCUUCCACUUCGUUCAAGCGUUCAGCAGUCAGCUGCUGAGUUGGAUAAGUCGGAUACACUGACCGACAGGCUGCGAAAGUGUGGAUUGGAGACCCUUGAUCUGGAAAAUUGUGAAGUUUCUAAAUUCUGGAAGGUGAAACUAUGUGACUUAGUGCUCGAGUAUGAAUCUAUCUUUUCCAGACAUUCUCUUGAUUGUGGUGAAGUCAAGGACUUUGUGCACAGAAUCCGUCUGUUUGACGAAAGGCCCUUUCGCUUACCAUACAGACGAGUUCCCCCUUCACAAUACCAGAAGUUACGUGUCGCUUUGAAUGAAAUGGAGGAAAGGGGUAUAAUCCGUAAGUCAGUCAGCGAAUUCGCAUCACCUCUGGUUCUGUGCUGGAAAAAAGAUGGCAAUCUUCGUAUAUGCACUGAUUUUCGCUGGCUUAAUGCGCGAACAGUGAAAGAUGCGCACCCCCUACCUCAUCAGGAGGACUGUCUUGCAGCACUGGGUGGCAAUUCGUUCUUUAGCACAAUGGAUUUGACCUCGGGAUUCUAUAACAUCCCGUUACAUGAGGAUGACAAAAAAUAUACAGCGUUCACAACACCGGUUGGACUGCAUGAAUACAAUAGGCUCCCACAAGGCCUCUGUAACUCACCCGCAAGCUUCAUGCGUAUGAUGACUAGGAUCUUUGGUGAGCAGAAUUUUCUGUCACUGUUGUGCUACCUGGAUGAUUUAAUGGUCUUCGCACCUACUGAAGAAAUUGCAUUGCAGAGGCUUGAAACUGUUUUCGGAAUGCUGAAAAAGCACAAUUUGAAACUGUCGCCGAAGAAAUGCCACUUCUUAAGACGUUCUGUGAAAUUCCUCGGUCAUCUGAUUACAGAGGGAGGUGUAUCUACGGACCCUGGAAAAGUUGAGGCAAUUACUAAAAUUACUUCUGCGGAUUUGAUGUGUCCAGAUGGUGUCACUCCAUCAGUUAAGAAAAUUCAGUCUUUUCUUGGCCUCAUUAUGUGGUACCAGCGCUUCAUCGAGAAUUGUUCGUCCCUCGCACGACCACUUUUUGCUCUGACUAGCGGAGUUAAGAAAGCUAGAGGUGUUGGGCGUGGAGGAGCUCCUGCGUCCAGAAAACUCACUCCCGAUGACUGGUCUCCAGCUUGUGAGGCGGCUCUGUUGGCUUUAAAGGAAGCCCUUCUGUCCAAUGUUGUCCUUGCACAUCCCGACUUUUCCAGACCUUUUAUUCUUGCUACUGACGCUUCGUCUGAGGGAUUGGGCGCCGUGCUUUCGCAACUGAGUCCUGGAGAAAGCAGGUCGCGACCCAUUGCAUUUGCGAGUAAGUCACUUUCUAGGGCGCAAUCCAGAUAUCCAGCACACCGCCUUGAGUUUCUUGCUCUCAAAUGGGCCGUAUGUGAUAAAUUUAGCCACUGGCUAAAAGGACAUCAGUUCACAGCCUGGACAGAUAACAAUCCCCUGACACAUAUCUUGACCAAACCUAGGCUCGACGCCUGCGAACAAAGAUGGGUGGCUAAACUCGCUGCCUUCGAGUUUGACAUCAAAUAUGUUCCUGGGCCGAAGAACUCCAUAGCUGACGCCUUGAGUAGGCAGCCUUUUGCAGACCGUCAUGUUAGUCACCGCAUAGUAAGGGAACCUUAUGAUAAGUUGGUAGCAGAGUCAGUAAAUCAUUCCUUUGCUGCUGUCCAGGAUGUUUUCCGGUUGUCCAAUGCCAGUCAGCAAGUGAUUGACAGUGCAGAGGACCCAGCAGAUGCCUGUGAGCAGUCAGGAGUCAAUAGAGAUGAUGAUGUGCCCGGGAGUUUUUCGAGUGCUGAAGUGUCAGCUGUCUUUUCUAAUCACCUUUCUUGGGAUGAAAGCACACGAACACGGGCCACUUCUCUUGCUGGACUUGUCCAACAGAUCGCGGAUGUUGGGUUUGAUGCCCUUCCCUCUUAUUCACGCCAAGAGCUGAGAGACAAACAGAUCGAGGAUGAACAUUUGCAGAAAGUGAUAUACUAUGUUGACCGGAAACGUAGGCCUUCGGGACGUGAGCGCAUGAGGGACCCCACUGCUGUGCGUAAGCUUAUGAAACAGUGGGAGAAGCUAUUAUUAAACGAUGGUGUCUUGUAA